GUGAUAUUUUAGUUUUUUGCUAAGUUUCUUAUAAAGUUUUCAGAACGUUUCAAUGGCUAUUCCUAAACGUAAAAUAUUAAGAAUAGUAAAAACAAGUAUUAUUAUACUUGGCAUAUCAUUGGUGAUUCUUGUUCUGCGUUCUUUUUAUACAAAGAAACCUAUAUUUGCUAUUUUUAAGUCCCGAUUUCAGCUUGGAGACUUUUAUUUUGAUUAUGCAACAGGACUGUUUAAAUUUAAAGAUGACUCAGGUGACUUAUACUUAUCAGUCAGAAUUCCAGAUGCAGUACAGUUUCUUCCAGAUGCCACGUGUUCUUCCACCAGUGAUGACAAAAAGUUAUGUUUUCAGUGGAUGGGGAGAGGAAAAUUAGAAAUAAAAGAGGCCAUCCACGAUGAUGUGCGAUGUUACAAUGUAGUUUGGACCCCUAAAAAUAACGGCUUUGUGCCUAAGAAUUGUGUAUCUCUGAACACCGCAUUGUGGUAUGGAGGUGCAACACACUUCAACCACCAAUGGCCUUUAAAUAAUCUUAAAAUUCCAAUGCAACCCUUUAUUUCCUCUCCAAUAUCUAGAGCUGAAGAGAUAGGCCAUGAGGUAUUCGGAUCUGUUCUGGAACGGUUUUGGAUUAGCUCCAAAGGAGUUGGUAUAGUGGUCGAUAACUUGGUGCCAUUACAUGUUAGUGUGAAUGAAACCAUUUCAAAGUUGCUCUGUUUUAAAGCUGACUAUCAGGGCAACGUGUUUGAAAAUCCUGAAAAUUCCCCACCUGUACUUAGAUACUCUAUUUGUAAAGCUAAGAAUGUGAAACAAAUUCAUAAUUAUCUUUACAAAAGAUGUUUUUCAAAGCCCAUAUCACCACCUGAUUUGAAAAUGAUUGAACAACCAUUGUGGUCAACUGGGGCUAGAUUUCAUGAACAAGUAUCACAACGCACUGUUUUGGACAUGGUUGAUGGAAUUAUAAAGAAUAACUUUCCUGUUGGUCAGUUGGAAAUUGAUGAUGGAUAUUACAAAUCAAUGGGAGAUUUCAAUUUUAAUGACAAGAAAUUUCGAAAUGCACAUCAAAUGCUGGGAGAGAUGAAAGAAAAUAAAUUUCAAAUUAGCACCUGGGUGUCUCCAUUUGUUAAUCCUGACAAAAAUUCGAUUACAUAUGCAGAAGGUCUGAAACAAGGUUACUGGGUUUUGAAUAGUGAUAGCAAAGAACCUGCAAUGGUUCUUUUGUCUGGGAAUCAAUCCGCCCUUCUUGAUGUAACAAACAACAAUGCGGUGAAAUGGUUUCUUGAAAACCUUAAUAAAAUCAAGAAAGAGUACAGAUUUGAUACAUUUAAAUUCAGCUUUGGGGAAGCAAGCUUUUUAGACUACAGUAUGAACACAAAAGAAUUUUUGCACAGCCCAUGUGACUACACUACAAAAUAUGUGGAAAUGGCUAGUUCCUUUGGUGACAGUGUGGUUGUACGUGCCGGACACCAGUCACAAAAGUAUGCCGUUUUUGUUGAGCUUGGUGAUAAGCAUAUGCACUGGGGAUAUGAUAAUGGAUUAAAGUCAAUUAUUCCGACGAUACUGACGCUAGGAAUCCUGGGAUAUCCAUUUGUCAAACCUGGUCCAAUUGGUGGAUACAUGAAUACUCGUUCCAAAAAGAUGCAAAAUUCAACAGUUCAGUUGCCUGAUUCUGAGCUGUUCAUCCGAUGGAUGCAACUUGCAACAUACUUACCUGUGAUGGAAUUUUCAAUAUUACCGUGGCAAUACAAGGAUGAUGUUCUAAUGUUUGCUCAUAAUCUAAUACAACUGCACAGCAAUAAGUUUGCUCCGAUCAUUAAAGCUGCAGCCAAAGAAUCUUCAGUUACAGGUGCCCCAAUCAUCCGGCCAUUAUGGUGGAUGGCUCCGGAUGACAAAGAUGCGCUGACCAUCGACAAUGAGUUUCUUCUUGGUGAUGAGAUUUUAGUGGCUCCUGUUUUAGAAAACAGGUCUCGACAGCGGGACAUUUACCUGCCACCAGGAGGUCGAUGGAAGGACGUUCUUCGGCAGAAGCUUUAUGAUGGUGGCCAAUGGUUGACAAAUUAUAUGGUGGCAUUGUAUGAAAUUCCCACAUUCCAACUGAUCAAAUCUCCAUUGUGAUAAUUUGUUUGUUUGUUUGUUAUGAUGUUAAAUAUUUUUAAGGCAAUUUAAAGUUCAAGGGAAAUACUUUUAGUCUUUUGUGAACUUUAUUAUCAGUGGAACCCAUUGGAAACUACUUAGGGUUUUUUUGUGUGUUUUUUUUUUAAUUCAUAGAAUGGUGGAUUGUGUUACAUGGCAUUUGGUAACACACCUUUAGUUUCUUUAUUUUGAUGACACACUACAAUUGUUAUGAUUAAACAUAAAUCAGUUUAACCAGAAUUAUGUGUCUGAAUAGCAUUUUGAGCAAUACAGUCUUUCAUGUACCGGUAUGUCAUGAGUAGAGCAGUCGGGUAGUGUAAAAUGAAAAGUGGAAAGUUUUAAAGUUUGUGAUUGAGAUGACUAAGGCCUGUUUACCAUUAACACAAUUCUACACAUGAUUUACUGUGUGUAUUUUCACACACUGAGAUAUGUAUUUCCAUUAGGGUCACCACGAGUACUCUGGCACGGGCCAAAUUUAUAAAUGAUCAAAAUAUUUUUUUAAAUGGAUCAUAUGUUAUGCAUUUUAUCAUCUGAACAACUAAAUAAUUUGUCUGCAAGGAUAUGGUAAUGCAAUGUAAAUAGUUUCCUUUUUAUACGCCCGUCUAUGAUGGGUCGUAUUAUGGUAUGGCAUUGUUCAGUCUGUCCGUACGUACGUACGUACGUCCGUCUGUUAACUUUUUCUUGUCCGGACCAUAUCUUAGAUACAGAUGCAUAUAUAGGACCAUCAAACUUCACAUGUAGGAACAACUUGAGAUGGCAGUGUGUUGCGUAUGAUUACUAGGUCACUGUGACCUACUUUUUACGGUCUACUGCACAUAACAGUAAAUCCUUGUCCAGACCAUAUCUUGCAUACAUAUGCACACAGGACCGUCAAACCUCACAUGUAGGAACAACUUGGGAUGGCGGUGUGUCGCGUACUAUUACUAAGUCACUGUGACCUACUUUUCACGGGUCUACUGCAGAUAACGGUAAAUCAUUGUCUGGACCAUAUCUUGCAUACAGGACCAUCAAACCUCACAUGUAGGAACAACUUGGGAUGGAGGUGUGUCACGUUUUAUUGCUAGAUCACUGUGACCAACUUUUCACGAUCUACUGCACAUAACAGUAAAUCCUUGUCCAGACCAUAUCUUGCAUACAGAUGCAUACAGGACCAUCAAACCUCACAAUAUAAAUGUGUCACCAGAGUACCAAUGCUAAACAAAAUUUCCCUUUCUAAUAAAGAACAAUAACUUCAUUAAUCAGACGGUACCUUCUGCAAUGGAUACAGUAUCAUCAGUAGUUGGUCCAAAACAAACUGUUCAUCCAUCCCAUUGCAAAUAUUUCAUAUAAUUAGAAUCAUAUUGGUAACAUACUGGUAUUCAUUAAUAUCUAUGUCUUUUCAUCUAACUCCUGACGGGCGUAUCAUGUACUCUUGUUUUAUUAUCAUAAAGAUAAUUUGCCUGCAAAUAUAUGGUAAUACAAUGUAAAUAAUGUUACAUUGUUUAUGUACAUAAUAUAAUGUAUUUUAUCGCUAUGUACAUGCAUAUUUCUUUGUAUGAUAAUGUAAAUAGUUUGGGGUUUUUUUUUAUCAUGUUACUUGGUGCAUGUCUGUGGCACAGUGUAAAAAAUAGUGGUACAGCUCGAGGUUGCCAGAAACAAAUGAGCUGAGCAUGCAAAGGAUGUGAAUAUUUUAGCAGGUAUGCUCCAUGGGAAUUUUUUUUAAAUGUAGAUGCUCAGGGGUGUAAUCUAGAGCAAUUUGGAGUGAGUUGUUACCUCUUUUUUUAUAUUUUGUUGGGGAAUCAAAGGCUGUUGAUAAUGUUUUUCACUUUUUUUUUUUCUAAAGGUCAGUAAAUAGGUAAAAAGUAGCAAAGUUUGUUCUCUGUUGGUAUGAAGAGAAAAGAAGAAAAAGAAAAAAAGUGAUACAGCCAUGCCCUUGCUGUACAUAGAUAUAUACACACACAUAUAUAUACACACACAUACAUAUACACACACACACACACACACACACACAUAUAUAUACACAUACAUAUACACACACACGCACACACACAUAUAUAUACACACAUAUAUUUAAUCAUUAUAAACAUGCAUAUUUGUAUUAAGUCAGCUUUUAAACAAAUAUUUUGAGAGUACAGCUGACCUAUUUGGGUAUUUUUUCAUGUUUGAACCAGUGUCCCACAACUGGCAUAUAAAAUUUUGAAAUUGUAUAUAGCUUUAUUAUAUACUGACCAGUACAAAUUAACUUUGGCCCUUGAACAUAGGAGAUAGAAUUUUUUUUUUGCAAUGCCUCAAAAUAUUGAGCUUGAAAUUUUAUAUAUAGCUUUAUUACCGGUAUGCACUACUUGGUUGAUUUAGGGGACAUGUAUUGCUUUAGCAGUACACACAGAAUGUUUGUUUUUAAAGUUAUUAUUACAUGUAUUUAAACAACUUUUUUUAUUAUUAUUGUUUAUUCUUUUUAGAAAUGUCUGUGUUAUUUAAGUGUUCCUAGUGUAAAAUUAAUGAAACUGUAGAGAUAAAGUGAAGUAAUAUACUUGCUCAGCUAGCGGAAAUGAUGGACAAAUGAGCAUUCAGUAGUACUAGUCAGUUUUAAAUAAACAACACCUGGGAUUGAAGAAACUGAAAAACAAAAACAAAAACUACCCCAGAAAUGGAAUAAAGUGCAGAUAUAUGGAUAUAAAUGGAUAAGUGAGUGGGUGGGCAGGAUAUAGGUAGAUAGGAACGAAUAUAGAUUGUCAUACACACACACACACACACACACACACUGUUAAUAACUGGCACAAGUUUAAAUAUCUUGAAUAAUAUUAAUCUUUGAAGUAAAUUUUGCUUGUGUUGUCACAUUUAAACUUGUUAUUGUUGGUCAUUUUUGUAUUUCUAUAUUUGCCAUCGUUGAGAUAUAAAUUGCCAUAGUUCGGGAGCAUCUGUAAAGUUCCUCAAUGACGGAAAAAUAUGUGCAUUAUUUGCCAGUAUUUAACAUGUGUUCAUUUAAAAUGUCUACAUACAGAAAAAGAAUGUUUCAGUCAUGUUUAUUUGUUGCAUCAGUCACUUUUAAAAAACAUUCCUGUACGCAGGCUCAAAAUUGGCAUCAUUGUGCCAUUUCGACCAUGACAAUUUGUUUUUUAAAAUUUAAUACUACUUGGGGAUACUGUAAAUGCAUUGUCAAAACUGUUUAUAUAUAUGAAAUUGUCUGUAAUGUAACCAGUUUUAUUUGUUAUAAGAGGUUUUUUGAAUGUUGAAGAAACUUGUUUGAAUGACUGUAGUCUGAAUAUAAUAUAAAAUAUAUUCUUUUUUUUAAUC